AUGAAGAUUUUGCCGUCCACACAUUGGGCACAAGCAGCAUAUUUUCUAGAUCCAAAAACAAUCAACGAAUCAUUACUGGAAACACCUUUGUCGCCUCUAGUUGCUAUUGAGUAUGUGUUCAGCAAGCAAGAACAGUCAUUAUUUGGAUUAGAGAAGAAAGAUGAUCCUAUUGUUAAGAUGUUAUACGCAAUUUCUAAGAAGGCUUUGGAUAGACAAAUAAGCACAGAUGAAAAAACGAUACAUGUAUUAUUGGAUGUUUGCAACAACACGGGCAACCAACUUAAAAGAAUUAUUGAUGCUGUGGAACAAGAUGGUCCAGACAUGAAAAGGACCAAGCAAUAUGCUUUCGAUGGCGCGCGCUACACGACCUCAUGUAUCUCAAAAUACUUGCUACAAGGCUCCCCCAGUUCAACUAUGCCAGAACCAAUCAGUUCAUCAACAAAUGUUGAACCUUCAGCCAACUACCAAGCACAACAAGUAUUAAAGGAAAUCUCGAUUACAAAACGAAAAACGGAUAUGGAAUGA